AUGGUUUCCCAACCAGAUCAGCCCCCCUCAGGCUCUACCACAGCUCUCAACACUUCCUCCUCUCGUCGGGGCCACCAGUAUUCCGCGUCCGUCGUUUCGCGACCAUCGCUCUCUCGCACGAAGCGAUACAAUCGUUCCCACACUGGCGGUGCUUCCUUCGUUCCUCAAAAUGAGUUUCCAGUUUUUGCCCACAGCGGCGACGUCGAGAUUCUUAUCCGCGUCGGCGUGGGCGCAGAUGCCACCGAGAAUCGCUACCUCUUACAUCGUCAUACCUUGACCAGAUGUAGCGGUUUCUUUGAAGCGAGCACCUCCAUGGAGUGGUCCAAGGCGCGCCCGUUACUCGCCGCAGGGAAUGAACUAGCUAGUAUCGGUGAGGAACCGACGACUACCAUGGACAGCAGUGAGAUGGACCGGUUUGCUGUUAGUGGUGUGACAACUCCAAAACGCAGGUGGCGGUAUGAGCUCGAUCCUGGUGCCGGUGAUGGCGAUAUUCCCAUGCUGGUGCAAAAGGACGAGUCAACACCAGCAGCAGAUUCGCAGCCACCGUAUCCGUCGUUAUUUGGUCCCGGCUCUGGGCCCAACACCAAAUCGAGCUCACGUUCCAAACAUACAAACCACGUCUCUUUCUCACGCUCCGUCGCCAACCUGGCCAUAACGCCCAGCCUCUCGCAGUCAGAAGAAGAUCUCAUGCGCGACUACGAUAAUCUGUUUCGCAUCUUUUACAACUAUCCCCCUGUGCUAGAUGGCAUCAAUGUCGCAGAUGCCUAUGUCCAGUGUAAGUCGCUCUUGGCUUUGGCCGAUCAGUACGAUGCUCUGGCUGUCGUUGGACCCCGAGUCGACCAUCAUUUGCUUCAGUUUCAAUCCCGAUUAUGGAAACAAAUCGCCAAAUACCCCAUUUCGUACCUUCGCCUUGGUUAUUUGGCACGAAGCAAGGUCAUCUUCCAGGAGGCCCUGAUUCAUGUUGUUGGUCAAUGGCCCGUCGGUGAACGCAGCAUCCGUGCUGCCCUUCCUGACAUUGUCCUCGACAUUAUCGAGGACAAAGUAGACGAGCUCGAGGAAAUCAUCAGUCGAGUGGAAGGUCGCCUUUUCCGACUCACGCUGACCAACGCCAAAGGAGAGCGCGUCACUCCCGGAAACAACUACCUGGAUUGGCUGGUGGUUAGCCUCUUCCGACAAUGGCUUGCAGACAACACCUCUCCUCAGCCAUCACCGGACCGGCAUAGCAACAGCCGCAAUGCCAACAACCCGCCAGUUCCUCCGCCACCAGUUCCGCCCCUGACUUCCAUCGGACGAGCCUACCGAACGCUUGGGUCUGCCAACUCAAACGCAUUCCUGAACCACGAGGACUGCAAGAAGUUUCUUAAAUUAACUCCGGAGUUGUACAGUCGCGAUAACCUACGCCGCUUCGACAAGCGCAUGGAUGAAAUGAAGACCAUGGCACGAGACCUGGUUCGCCCCCUUCUCGGCAGCGGUCUGGAGCUAGACAUGGCUGGCUCCAGUAGAACAUCAGAUGGAAUCAGCUAUCUGACCUGCACGGCAGUCGGGAGCCGUGAUCUCCCAUGGCCUGUGGACGGAUAA